AUGGUUAAAUCCGAAACUGAGAGCAAAAUUCGAGUAAACCCUUGGAGGACUUGGAUUAUUAUUGGCGCUCUCAUUGUUCUUCUCUUCGCUAUCGUAUUCGUUCCGAGAAAUUUUCACAACACCAAUCUCUUCAAUCGCAUCAGAAACUGUAAUUGUUCUCAGCAAGGGCUUAAGUACUAUGGGAUAGUGGAGGAUUGCUGUUGUGAUUAUGAGACUGUAGAUCGGAUUAAUGAGGACGUGUUGUAUCCAUUGCUCCACGAGAUUGUGAAAUAUCCAUUUUUACGAUACUUUAAGGUCAAGUUGUGGUGCGAUUGCCCUUUCUGGCCUGAUGAUGGUAUGUGCCGUUUGAGGGACUGCAGCGUAUGUGAAUGUCCUGAGAAUGAGUUUCCUGAAACAUUUAAGGAGUCCUCUUCCCAUAGCCACUCAUCAGAUGAUAUUGUCUGUCAAGAAGGAAAGCCAGAAGCUACUGUUGAUCGUACAAUAGAUACUAAAGCUUUCCGAGGCUGGAUAGUUGAAGACAAUCCAUGGACAAAUGAUGAUGAGACAGAUACUGAUGAAAUGACCUAUGUAAAUCUGCAACUGAAUCCUGAACGCUACACUGGCUAUACUGGUCCAUCUGCUAGAAGAAUCUGGGAUUCUAUUUAUACAGAGAAUUGUCCCAAAUAUCCAUCUGGAGAGUGCCAAGAGAAAAGAAUAUUGUACAAGUUGAUAUCUGGUCUUCACUCCUCCAUUUCAAUCCACAUAGCCGCUGAUUACCUGCUUGAUGAAAAAACAAACAAGUGGGGCCAAAAUCUUUCCUUGCUGUAUGAUCGGGUUUUGAAAUAUCCGGACCGUGUCAGAAAUUUAUAUUUCACUUUUCUAUUUGUCUUGCGAUCAGUGACAAAGGCGGCAGAUUACUUGGAGCAGGCUGACUAUGAUACUGGUAAUCCUAUGGAGGACAUGAAUACAAAGCUUAUGAUGAAGAAGUUGCUGCACGACAGUAAACUUCAAGAUGCAUGCCCAAAACCAUUUGAUGAAGCUAACUUGUGGAAAGGCCAAAGUGGACCUGAGCUGAUGCAACAAACUCAGAGACAGUUCAGAAACAUAAGCUCAUUGAUGGAUUGCGUGGGAUGUGAAAAGUGUCGUCUUUGGGGAAAGCUACAGGUUCUGGGUCUUGGAACUGCAUUGAAAAUUUUAUUUUCUGUCAAUGGCCAGGAGCAUUCAGGUCAAACUCUGCAACGAAAUGAAGUGAUUGCUUUGAUAAACUUACUCCAUCGGCUCUCAGAAUCUAUCAAGUUUGUCCAUGAUAUGGGACCCUCUGUCGAAAGAAUUUUUGGGAAUCAGAUUUCUGCAUCUGAUCAAAUAAGCCGAUGA